AUGUACGACAUUGCCAGCAUUAUCGCCAGCUUUCUGACGCCGUACAUGCUCAACCCCACCGCGUGGGGCUGGGGUGCAAAGAUGGGCUUCUUCUGGGCCUUGUGCUGUGCGACAUGGACAUUCUUCUAUCUUCCGGAGCCCAAGGGUAGGACAUACGGUGAGCCGGAUACCAUGUUUGAGCAGGGAACAAAGGUUCCGCGGCCGAGAUUGAGCGUAUGGCGCCCAGAACGUGAAGGGAACGUAGAACGUAAAGGCGAUCCAUACGUCGUCAAGAAAGCUGCCAAGGACCCCAAUUGUUGUUUUUGA